AUGGUCUGGUUUGGAUACUGCGACGACGAACCCGACUCCUUCAUCUCCUUCGACCCAGUCUUCACCAACAACCUCAACAACAACCCUAACUUUGUCUUUGAUUUCGUAUUGGUUUACAGGAAAGCCCCCAGACGCUCAGAUUCAGAUUCAGACGAUGAUCUUGAAGACUUCUGCAAUUUAGAUACCCGAAUCGUUCGUCAAACCCACGAGUUCGAUAGAGCGUGGCUCGUCGGUGGCGAUAGGGAGCAGAUAGAAGCCAACGUCUUUCAUAUUCUUGAGAUCAUCCAAGUUCCUUCUUUCUCUGACAUCGUUCAUACGUUAACCAUAGAUAUCUUGGAUUUAAAGAAACACGAGUCCGUGUCCGAUUCGCCGGAGAUUGAGAGGAUACGGGUCGAGAUUGAUACUAUCGUCCCGAGUUUUCCCGAUGAUAACGACGAUUUUGAUCUUGACUUCGAUUGA